AUGUCACUUGCGUUUUCACAUCUCCAAGUCUCAGACCCCCAAGACGUUGUCUUCUCUUCCCGAGUCCUUCACCCUGUGAGGGACCUUGACACCUGGACUAUCGCGCUUGACACGAACAAGGUCCCCGAGACACCCGGCCAACCCUCGCUCCUGUUCACGGCUCUUGUUCUCGUCGCCUCCAAGGACCGAAUCCGUCGACGUGUCGCUCAUCAGUGCGCCAAAUUGGUGAUGAAUUGUUCCGGAAAGCGGAAUCCGGGACGUGGGUGCUGGUCCCUGGGUCGCGGCUCCAAGCUGCCCCCUGGACCUCCCAUCGCCCUACUCUGA